AUGUCGGAAGCAGUGGAAGAAGUGGCGCUGCACAAGUUCGAGAGACUCAUCAAGUUCUUCAAGUGGUGCAUUUUGCUCCUCAAUUUCGGCUAUCGCAAGGGAAAAGCUCGCUUCUACAACUACUUCUUUCCGCUGCUGUUCCUCAUCAGCACGUGCUUCAAUGUGAAGCACGUGGUGCUGACCUACAACAGCACCAAUCGCAUCCAGGCCACCUACACCAUCGUCUUCAUUGCCGUGCACAUUCAAUCCUUCGGCAAGGCACUCAUGAUGGUCAUCAAUUACCAGGAUUUCGAGGAGCUCUUCCAGGAGCUCAAGAAAUUCUACACAUCCACGGAGCACCAGCUGAUCACGGACGCCCGCAAUCGCCACAACGCCACACACAUUCGCGGCAUCACGUACGGCGUUGUAUCGUAUUGGAUAAGUUUCUGGUUCGCCGAGAUUUUCCUGCAGGCCUUCAUCCGUCGCCUGGGCGGCAUUGAGUUCCCCAUGCAGUACUACAUUCCCUUCAUCAGCGAGGACUCCCCGUACUUCUUCAUCGUGAACUUCCUCAUGCAGAACUUCACCUUCAUCGCCUCGCUCACCGUGAUGAGCCUCACGGACGUGAUGGUGUUCAUGGUGGCCUUUCAGUUCCGCAGUGAGCUGGUGUGCCUGGCCGAGGUGAUCUCGAAGCUGGACGACAUCGAGGUGUACAAGGCGCGCGAAGGAAUCCUGCUGGACAUCUAUCGCAUGCACCACAACAUGCUUCACCUGUUCAACGUCCUGUCCAACAUGUUCUUCUACAUGUCCUUCUUCCAGGUCGUGUCCAGCUUCGAGGGUCUCUGUUUCCUCUUCUACGCCUUCUUCGUCCACGGCUUCGACAUCUCCAGUCCCAUCAUCAUCUUCGUGGUGUUCUGCCAGAUCUUCAUCUUCUGCCUCUUCGGCGAGAUCCUCUUCACCAAAACCGCCGCGCUGUCCAAUGCUCUCUACCACACCAAGUGGUACGAAUUCACGCCGCACGACAAGAGGGACUUCGUCUUCAUCCUCCAGAAUGCCCAGAGACCGUGCAGCAUCAAGGCGGCCGGAAUUGUGGACGUCUCCAUCUACACAUUCGUCGAGGUGCUCAAGCUGUCCGGAUCGUAUUGCGCCAUUUUCUAUGCGCUCACAAAUAAGAAGUAGCAAGAAAAACCCUCCAUAAAGACACAACUUCUGGCGGAAAUGUCCCAAUUAGCAGCAAUGCACCAAAUAUCCUUGCAUAAUUUCAAAAGUCCUCGUGCAAUGGUCGCACAUAAUUAAGAAAUACUUCACAGAUGAAUACACCAACUUUUUCGCUCAACAUUCGCAAGUCCACUGGCAAUAGAAAAGUCCCUUUUCCACACAAUUUCCUGUCACUGCGAAGGAAUAUUGUGCAGCAGAGGAAAUUGAUAUAAAAUCGUGUAAUAUUGAUAACAAAGCAUUGCCAUAUUUA